ACGCGAAACCGGAGCCCCCAGGGGGCGCGCGCGCCACGGCCAGAAGACGGAAGUCCCGCCUCCCGUUUCCGGUGGCAGAAAGGUGUGGGGCUGGCAGCGACUUCCUGUUCGAGUGAAGCUGUGCUUUAGGCACGUGUGUUACUUUCUCCGUCUCCUGCGUCUCCCCCUUCCCGUUGAUCUUGUCUGCGGUACUCCUUGCAGGCCCAAGGAUGAAGGCGAGGAGGAAUAAAAAGCAGGUCCCAAGCUUUCGCAAGCUGAUAAAAACUAGUAAAGUGAAACUCGAAAACAAACUGAAGAAUAAGCAAUUUAAGCAACAGAGUACUAUCAAGAAGUACCGAAAAGAGCAGAGGAAGCUAAGGCAAGCUGUCAAAGAUGCCGUGUCCAAGAAACCAGUCCCCUUGGAGGACCCAAAGAGCGAAUGGCCAGUUAAAAGGAUGGAGAGGGAAGAGGAGGAGGAGGAGGAGGAAGAAGCCCUUCCUUUAGAUAUGAUGGAUGAAGAUGACUUACAGCUGAUGAGAGAUUUAGGACAAAAAGCAUCUUUUCUUACAAGGGAUCUUUCUUCUAGUGAGCCAGUUCAUAUCAAGAAACGAAAGCAUGAGAGUGUGAUAGCUAAAUAUGAAAAAGUGCCAAGAACUCUGCAGACCGCACCUGAGAAGGAGCUGAUUCAUUUGCUUCCUAUCAAGGAUAAAAGCGGUAUAAUCCCACAGACUAGGGAGAAGCCAGUCACAGACGGCCAGCAAGAAGAAGAGGAUGAAGAAGAGCAGGAAGUUGAGGAAGAGGUCAUUGAAAACCCUGUUCCAGAGCUCACCAUGGAAGAACAUUUAAUUGAGAGAAAGAAGAAACUACAGGAAAAGAAAAUACAGAUUGCAGCCUUGGCAUCUGCCAUACUGUCAGAUCCAGAAAAUAAUAUUAAAAAACUGAAAGAGUUGCGUUCCAUGCUGAUGGAACAGGACCCUGAUGUGGCUGUCACUGUCCGGAAGUUGGUGAUCAUUUCCCUGAUGGAGCUAUUUAAGGACAUCACUCCUUCCUAUAAAAUCCGGCCUCUAACUGAAGCAGAAAAAUCCACCAAGAUUCGUAAAGAAACCCAGAAGUUAAGAGAAUUUGAAGAAGGCUUGGUUAGCCAAUAUAAAUUUUAUUUGGAAAAUCUGGAACAAAUGGUUAAAGACUGGAAGCAAAGGAAGCUGAAGAAGAGCAACGUGGUCUCCUUAAAGGCCUACAAAGGGCUGGCUGAAGUGGCUGUGAAGAGCCUGUGUGAGCUGUUGGUGGCCCUGCCUCAUUUCAACUUUCACAACAACAUUAUUGUGCUGAUUGUCCCUUUGAUGAAUGAUGGGUCAAAAUUGAUAUCUGAAAUGUGUUGUGAAGCAGUAAAGAAACUCUUUAAACAAGAUAAAUUAGGCCAAGCUUCUCUUGGUGUAAUUAAAGUGAUUUCUGGUUUUGUAAAGGGCAGAAAUUAUGAAGUUAGGCCAGAGAUAUUAAAAACAUUUUUAUGUCUGCGAAUUAAGGAAGUAGAACUGAAAAAAGAUACAGAGGACAUUAACAAGCCAAAAAAGUUCAUGACUUUCAAGGAAAAGAGAAAAACUCUAUCAAGAAUGCAAAGAAAGUGGAAGAAAGCAGAGGAGAAACUGGAGCGGGAACUUCGGGAGGCUGAAGCUUCAGAGAGCACCGAGAGAAAGCUGAAACUGCACACAGAGACUCUGAAUAUUGUGUUUGUGACCUACUUCAGAAUUUUGAAGAAGGCCCAGAGGUCACCUCUUCUGCCAGCAGUUCUAGAAGGUCUUGCCAAGUUUGCACAUCUUAUAAAUGUGGAGUUCUUUGAUGAUUUGUUAGUGGUUCUUCAUACCCUCAUUGAGUCUGGUAACCUAAGUUAUCAAGAAAGUCUUCACUGUGUUCAGACUGCUUUUCAUAUUCUUUCUGGACAAGGUGAUGUUCUAAAUAUUGACCCGAUGAAAUUCUAUACACAUCUCUACAAGACAUUGUUUAAAUUACACGCAGGUGCUACCAACGAUGGUAUUGAGAUUGUACUCCACUGCCUUGAUGUCAUGCUAACCAAGCGCAGAAAGCAGGUUUCUCAUCAGCGAGCUCUUGCCUUCAUCAAGCGCCUCUGUACGCUUGCUCUGCAGGUUCUUCCAAAUUCAAGCAUUGGCCUUUUAGCGACUACCAGAAUAUUGAUGCAUACUUUUCCCAGGACAGAUCUGUUGCUUGAUAACGAGUCCCAAGGCAGUGGGGUGUUCCUGCCUGAGCUGGAGGAGCCAGAGUACUGCAAUGCACAGAACACUGCACUGUGGGAGCUGCAUACACUGCGGAGGCAUUACCAUCCUGUCGUGCAAAGAUUUGCAGCUCACCUGCUCGCUGGGGCCCCGUCUGAAGGCUCCGAGGCCCUCAAGCCUGAGCUGAGCCGAAGAUCUGCAGUUGAACUUUUUGAGACUUACAGCAUGGCAGCAAUGACGUUCAAUCCUCCUGUUGAACCUUCAAACUCUAAAAAGAAGGAUAAAUUUUUACAAGGAGACUCAUUUUUGAAUGAAGAUUUAAAUCAACUAAUCAAAAGAUGUUGCAAUGAAGCUGCUACUGAGACACCACUGGAUUUCUCCAAAUGUUUGAAAACAUCUUCACAGUAGCCUAAAGGUGAAGAGUCAGUGGACUGUCUUAUAUAUUUAUUUGUAUGCGCAUAUGCAGAGACACAUACAGAUACAUGAGGGCCUUUUUCUUUGUGUACAAGGAAAACUUCCUGGGAACAAUUAUAUGAGAACCGAAGCAGAGGCCACAGAAGACGCUGCUUAUUGAUUUGUUUUUUUAUGGCUUGCUCGGCUUGCUUUCUUAUACAACCCAGGCCAGCUUACCCAGGAAUGGCACCGCCCAUGAGGUGUGGGCUGAGCCCUACCACAUCAGUUACUAAUUUUGUAAGUACCCUACAGACAUUCCCAUAGGCGAGUCUGAUGGAGGAGGUAGUUCUUCAGUUGGGGUUCCCUCUUCAUGGGUGACUUUAGUGUAUGUCAAGUUGACAAAAACUGAGCAAGACAGUUAUUAAAUCCUCUUUAUAACUAAAUAAAUAUUGUGAUUGCAGCACCAUAGAUGAAAGCAAAACUAUUUUGUAAGGAUAAAAGAAUAGCUUAAAAUUAGACUCUUGUUCAUUGGCUUCUAUUGAAUGAUACAUGUAAUAACCAGAUCUGACCGUUAGAAGGAAUGAGUAUUGCCCGGGGUGUGUGGGUGCAUCACUUUAAUCCCAGCACUCAGGCAGAGGCAGGUGGAUCUCUGAGUUCAAGGCCAGUCUGGUCUACUGAGUGAGUUCCAGGACAACCAGGACUGUUACAGAAACCCUGUCUCUAAGAAACAAACAAAUAAAAGGUGAAGGGAUGAGUGCUCUUAUGGCUAGAAACUUUCAAAGAAAGUUGAAUGUGAUUCUGGAAUCUUUGAAGUUGUGUUUAUUCUUUUACACUAGAGUGAUGGGGGAAAGUUGCUCAGUAGGACACAAGUAGGGCUGAGAUGUCUGUUGUGCUAUAGCAACAUUGGUGCUGACUAACUAGUAAAGUGGGUUUUUUAAAAAUUCUUACAGAUAAAAACUGUAUAUGCUUAUAAAUAGAGUUAUAAACCAUUAUUUUAUAUAGUAGCUAUUGCCAUAUUGUAGAGGUGACUUAUGAAAUGUGUACAUAGAUAUUUUCUGCUAUUAAUAGUUGAAUAAAAUAGCUUCCUUUUCUA